AUGGCUUUCGUGAGAAGUAUAUUAGGUGCAAAGAAGAUUCUUGGCCGCUCCACAACAGCAGCAGCAAGCAAAAGGUUACCUUCAGCGGCACCAAAGGGGUUUCUUGCUGUGUACGUAGGAGAGGCUCAGAAGAAAAGAUUUGUGGUGCCAGUCUCUUACUUGAGCCAAGCUUCGUUUCAAGCUCUUCUCAGUAAAGCCGAGGAAGAGUUUGGGUUUGAUCAUCCAAUGGGUGGCUUAACAAUCCCUUGUCCUGAAGAUGCAUUCAUAGCUGUGACGUCUCGGCUCCAAUGA